AGGGAUACCCGGAUCAGAUUUUGACCUCCUCGUAGACUUGCUCACUGAAUCACAAGGCCAAAGAGCAACAAGUCAACAACCAUGGAUGUUGAUUCACAGCCAACUAUGGAGGAAACGAUUUUGGUUGGUGAUGAUCUUAUGAUGGGCCCACCAUCACCGCUCAUCCCACCUGAAAUUGCCUCUCAUGUGCUUCAAGGUGUUGAUUUGUGUGAUGGGAUUUUGAGGAACCUGUUUUUGUGCCUGCAAAUCAAUGAUAUUGAGCCAUUCUGUCAAGAUGAGAUUGCUUUAUACCGGCAGUGUGCAGAGAAAAGGGAUAAGGAACUCAGACAACGGCUUCUAGAUAGUGAGCAUAAAUUGGGUAUAUCAAUGCCUUUAGACGAUGCAAAGGAAAGAGCUGCACAGAUAGAAUCAGAAGCCACAUCCUUGGAGAGGCGCUUGAUCCUGGCUAGUGGAAUUGAAGGUAUGGAAGGAUUUCGGCAGAGAUGGAGCUUGCAUGGUCGCCUUACAGAUACCAAGAAAAGACUGGAGGCCUUGAAGCAGGGAAUAGAGAAGAGAAGAAAUGAUGAGCCAGUUAGAGUUUCAACCACAAAAGGAUGGUUCUUUUGGUGAAAGUCGGUUGGUCCUUGCACGAUCACGAUAUGCAACAUCACAGAAAAUGAGCAAUUGGUUUACUGGAGAUGCUCAGUGGGGCUUAUUGUGUUUUAAUUUGCUGUUGUCCUCGAGAAUUCUGCACCCUCACCCAAAUGUCUGGAGAUGGUAGUGUAGUUCAUAUGGGCUUGGCUAAGGCUUGUGUAUUAUUACAAGUUUUAUGCUGUACCCCGUCUAAUUGUUGACACAGGAUGCGUAUUUGCUGGACAAAGAAAGAAAGAAACAAGACGGUACACAUUUAAAUACUACCCCAGAUGUAUAGGAAAGUACUGUGUG